AUGGCUUCUUCCGAAGGGUGUUCGUCGUAUUCGAAAAGUUGGGGCAAAGGAUCUUCUCGGUGGUCCCAUGGUUGUGGUGUGAGAGGAGGUGUGAUAAUCCCUACUUGUUAUUGUGGUGAUGUUGCUGUAACUAAAGUGGCGAGAACUACGAACAAUGCUGGGAGAAAUUUUUGGGAAGCAAAUAUUCUUUUUCUCGAAUCGCCUGCUGGUGUUGGCUUCUCAUACACAAAUACCAGCUCUGAUCUAACUUCAGGGGACAAAAGAACAGCUCAGGAUGCACUGAUUUUCCUAAUCAGAUGGAUGUCAAGGUUUCCACAGUAUAAAUAUAGGGAGUUUUACAUUGCUGGGGAGAGCUAUGCAGGGCACUACGUCCCCCAGUUGGCUAAGAAAAUCCAUGACUAUAAUAAAAAGAAUCCCCAAAUUAUUAAUCUCAAAGGGUUCAUCGUGGGAAAUGCUGUGACUGAUAGCUACAAUGAUGGGAUUGGAACCAUCACAUAUUGGUGGAGCCAUUCUUUGAUAUCCGAUCAGUCCUACAAAUCCAUCCUCAAGUACUGCAAUUUCACUUCAGAAGAAACAUCUAAAAAAUGUGAUGAUGCUUAUAGUUAUGCAGUUAACUAUGAAUUUGGAAAAAUAGAUCAGUACAGCAUCUAUACCCCAACGUGCCCAACAUCACAGAACAAUACUGUCAAACACAUACGAUUCAAGAAUCUUCAUAUGAUUUCAGGAUAUGAUCCGUGCACUGAAAAUUAUGCAGAGAAAUACUAUAACCUUUCGGAAGUGCAGAAAGCAAUGCAUGCAAAUGUUACCGACAUUCCUUACAAAUGGACUGCUUGCAGUGAAGUGCUCCUAAAGAAUUGGAAGGAUUCUGAAAUUUCUGUGCUGCCUAUAUACAAAGAGUUAACUGCUGCAGGAUUGAAAAUAUGGGUAUUCAGGUACGGUUUUAAAUCGUUUCUUUACAAUAUGGGUAUUCAG